CUGGUGUUUGCCAAUCUCUGAGGUCUUCUGACUUUUUCUUCAAGGCAUUUAAAUCUUACACAGUACUGCAUCACACCACACGUUUGUAAUGUAGAGGGGAGGAGCAGCUCUGAGGGGAGGAAAUACUGUGAAGAGAAAUUAUGCAGUCAGUCACUUGAGAAUCCAUUUUACAGUUGACAGAGUGAAAGGAGUAAAACAGGACAUAUAAGACAAGAGAGCCAAGAUGACGGAGACGGACCUCCUCGACAUUCUGGAUGAUUUAAAGGAUGAUGAUUUUGAAAACUUCAAGUGGUUCCUGAAGUAUGAAAAGGUGGGCGACACCCCACCUAUCAAAGAGAGCAAGUUGUCAAAGGCAAAGAGGCAGGACGUGGUGGAUCUGGUGGUGCAGAAAUAUGAAUUUGCUGGAGCUGUGGAAGUGAUCAAGUGUAUUUUAAAAAAGAUCAACAGGAAUGAUCUGGUGAGAAAGAUGCCGAACAUUGGCUCAGGAGCAGAAGGUCAGUCACAGGAAGAGACAAACAUGAAGUCACAUCCAGACAGCAGAUCUGUGAGGAGAAACAGUCCAGACACAGAUGGUAAUCUGCAGGAGAUUUUAUAUAGAUAUAAGAUCAGUUUGAGGAGGAGAUGUCAACAUGUUACUGAAGGAACUGAUGAAGUAGAAAGUGAGAAUGAAAGAGCAGAAAGAACUCUCCUCGACAGGAUCUACACUGAGCUCUACAUCACAGAGCGACAGAGUAAAGAGGUUAAUACCCAACAUGAGGUGUGGCAGCUUGAAACAGCUUCCAAGAUGACCCCCUAUGACACUCCAAUCAAGUAUCACGACAUCUUUAACGCCUUACCUGAACAACGGAGAUACAUCAGAGUCGUUCUGAUGAAUGGCGUUGCUGGUGUUGGAAAAACCUUGUCUGUGCAGAAGUUCACUCUGGACUGGGCAGAGGGCUUGGAAAACCAAGAUGUUAGUCUGGUGAUUCUGCUUUCAUUCAGGGAGCUGAAUUUGAUCAAAGAUGAAAAGUACAGUCUUCUCAUGCUGAUCCAUGAUUUCCAUCCAACAUUACAGAAGGUCACAGCAGAGAAGCUUGCUGACUGUAAAGUUUUGUUCAUCUUUGACGGCCUGGAUGAAAGCAGACUUUUACUGGAUUUCAAGACAAGGAACGUUGUGUCUGAUGUCACACAGAAGUCAUCAGUCAAUGUGCUGUUGACAAACCUCUUCAAGGGGAAUCUGCUUCCCUUGGCUCUCAUCUGGAUAACUUCCCGACCUGCAGCAGCCAAUCAGUUCCCUCGUACAUGUGUUGACAGGGUAACAGAAGUACGAGGCUUCACUGAUUCCCAGAAGGAGGAGUACUUCAGGAGGAGAUUCAGUGAUGAAGAGCUGUCCAGCAGAAUCAUCUCACACAUCAAGACAUCCAGGAGCCUCCACAUCAUGUGUCACAUCCCAGUCUUCUGCUGGAUCACUGCUACAAUUCUGGAGCACAUGUUGACUACAGACCAGAGAGGAGAGCUGCCCAUGACCCUGACUGACCUGUACUCACACUUCCUGCUGGUUCAGACAAAGAGGAAGAAACACAAAUAUGAUGAGGGAUAUGAAACAAAUCCACAGGAGCUGACGGAGGCUGACAGGGAAGUCCUUCUGAAGCUGGGGAGGCUGGCGUUUGAACAUCUGGCAAAAGGAAACAUCAUUUUCUACCAAAAAGACCUGGAGCGGUGUGGUCUUGGUGUCACAGAGGCCUCUGUGUUAUCAGGAGUUUGUACAGAGAUCUUCAAAAGAGAGAGUGUGAUCUUCAAGAAAACAGUCUACUGCUUUGUUCAUCUGAGUGUUCAGGAAUUUCUGGCUGCAGUCUACAUGUAUCAUUGUUACACCAACAGCAACACAGAGGUACUGGAGGACUUCCUGGGAAAAGAGUACAAACACAGGGAAUCAAAACUACAGUCUUCCCUCCAGAAGACCUCUGCUAAUUUCAGAAACAAUGAUAGCUAUGACCCAUCUCUGGAUGCCGCAGACAUGGGAAAAGAUUACAAAAGAAGGAAAUCAAAACAGAAGUCUUUCCUCAAGACGAUUACUGCUUGUUUCAGAAAAAAUGAUAGGUGUGACGAUGAUGAUGAUGUUGAUGUUGAUGUUGAUGAUGAUGAGGAUGACAGAGACGAUAGCCAUUACCCAUCUCUGGAUGUCUUCCUGAUGGGAGCCAUGGAGAAAUCUAUAAGAAGUGAAAAUGGCCACCUGGACCUGUUUGUUCGCUUCCUUCAUGGCCUCUCUCUGGAGUCCAACCAGAGACUCCUAGGAGGCCUGCUGGGUCAGACAGAGAACAGUCCAGAAAUCAUCCAGAGAGUCAUCAACAGCCUGAAGGAGAUGAACAUAUACAAAAUCUCUCCUGACAGAAGCAUCAACAUCUUGCACUGUCUGAUGGAGAUGAAUGACCACUCAGUACAUCAGGAGAUCCAAGAGUUCCUGAAGUCAGAGAGCAGAUCAAAACAGAAACUCUCUGAGAUCCAGUGCUCAGCUCUGGCCUACAUGCUGCAGAUGUCAGAGGAGGUUCUGGAUGAGUUGGACCUGGAGAAGUACAACACAUCAGUGGAGGGACGACGGAGACUGAUUCCAGCUGUGAGGAACUGCAGAAAGGCUCGACUUAUGUACUGUGUGAGACUCUCAGAGACUCAUUGUGAAGUUGUGGCCUCAGCUCUGAAGUCCAACCCCUCCCAUCUGAGAGAGCUUGAUCUAAGCUCCAAUGAACUGCAAGAUUCAGGAGUGAAGCAGCUGAUUGCCGGUCUGCAGAGUCCACACUGUAGACUGGAGAAUCUGAGAUUGAAUCGCUGCAGUUUAUCAGAGAUCAGCUGUGCUUCUCUGGUCUCAGCUCUGAAGUCCAACCCCUCCCAUCUGAGAGAGCUGGAUCUGAGUGACAAUGAGCUGCAGGAUUCAGGAGUGAAGUUGCUGUGUAAUUUUCUGGAGAGUCAACAUUGUAGACUGAAAUAUCUGAGAUUGAGUCACUGCAGUUUGUCAGAGAGCAGCUUUGCUUCUCUGGCCUCAGUUCUGAAGUCCAACCCCUCCCACCUGAGAGAGCUGGAUGUGAGCUUCAACAGGCUGCAUGAUUCAGGGGUGAAUGUGCUGUGUGAUUUUCUGGAGAGUCCACACUGUAGACUGAAGACUCUGAGAUUGAGUUACUGCAGUUUGUCAGAGAUCAGCUGUGCCUCUCUGGCCUCAGCUCUCAAAUCCAACCCCUCCCAUCUGAGAGAGCUGGAUCUGAGCCUCAAUGAGCUGCAGGAUUCAGGAGCGAAGCUGCUCUGUGAUUUUCUGGAGAGUCCACACUGUAGACUGGAGACUCUGAGAUUGAGUCACUGCAGUUUGUCAGAGAUCAGCUGUGCUUCUCUGGCCUCAGCUCUGAAGUCAAACCCCUCCCAUCUGAGAGAGCUGGAUCUGGGUGACAAUGAGCUUCAGGAUUCAGGAGUGAAGCUGCUGUGUGAUCUUAAGGAGAGUCCACACUAUAGGCUGGAGACUCUGAGAUUGGGUGGCUGCAGUUUGUCAGAGAUCAACUGUACUUCUUUGGCCUCAGCUCUGAAGUCUGACCCCUCCCAUCUGAGAGAGCUGGAGCUGAGUAACAACAACCUGCAGGAUUCAGGAGUGAAGCUUCUGUGUGAUUUUCUGCAGAGUCCAUACUGUAGACUGGAGACUCUGAGAUUGUGGAGCUGCAGUUUGUCAGAGAUCAGCUUUGCUUCUCUGACCUCAGCUCUGAAGUCCAAACCCUCCCAUCUGAGAGAGCUGGAGCUGAGUAACAUCAAGCUGCAGGAUUCAGGAGUGAUGUUGCUGUGUGAUUUUCUGGAGAGUCCACACUGUCGACUGGAGACUCUGAGAUUGAGUGGGUUCAGUUUGUCAGAGAUCAGUUGUGCUUCUCUGGCCUCAGCUCUGAAGUCCAACCCCUCUCAUCUGAGAGAGCUAGAUCUGAGUGACAACAAUCUUCAGGAUUCAGGAGUGAAGCUGCUGUGUGAUUUUCUGGAGAGUCCACACUGUAGACUGAAGAUUCUGAGAUUUAGGGGCUGCUGGUUGUCAGAGAUCAGCUGUGUUUCUCUGGCCUCAGCUCUGAAGUCCAACCCCUCCCAUCUGAGAGAGCUGCAACUGAGCUUCAACAAGCUGCAAGAUUCAGGAGUCAAGCUGCUGUGUGAUUUUCUGGAGAGUCCACACUGUAGACUGGAGACUCUGGGAUUGAUUGACUGCAGUUUAUCAGGGAUCAGCUGUGCUUCUCUGGCCUCAGCUCUGAAGUCCAACCCCUCUCAUCUGAGAGAGCUGGAUCUGAAAUACAACGACCUACAGGACUCAGGAGUGAAGCCACUGUCUGAUCUUGAGGAGAGUCCACACUGUAGACUGGAGACUCUGAGCUGGUGAUGAUCUCUGUAGAGUGUGAGUGAAUGUCCAGGAGUGUGUGUUGAGAGAGGAUCAGCUUUAUCCUGAUGACCCAGAGAAGUUGAAGCAGCAGCAGCAGCUUAUGUGUAGGGAGGCUCUGACUGGGCCAUGUUACAGGGAGGUAGAGUAGAGAGGAGAGCUUCAUCCAGCAGUGACAGAGGAAUCAGAAGUGGAGAUGACUCUCAACUCUCAGUGCUGCAGUCUGAACUGAUCUAAGAACAGCUCCACUGUCACACACAAAGUCCAGUCUACCAUCAUCCCUGUGUGUUCCUCUGGAUCUGACAGAGUAUCAUCAGUGUAUCUGGACUGCUCUGCUGCUGCUCUGUCGUUCUACAAAGUCUCUGCAGACUCUCCUCCACCCUCCACAUUUUCUUAUUUUUAUCAAUUCAGAUCAUCUAAACCUAAAGUGACUGCAGAUAAGUUUUGUUUAUGGCAACGUACUAUGUUAAUUUAUAGUAAAUUAAAUGACCUGCUUUAAUUAUUUCAUUGUUUUCAGCUCCACUCUGUGGAGUGAUGUAGAUUUGUACUUAAUUUCCACAAUAUAUCUCUAAAGUUGACAUUUAAAAGCAGCAUCCAGGCUGUAUGUAUAAAGGCACCUCUCUAAAAUUCUGGAUAUUACCACCAAAAUACCAGACUUUUCACUCAUAGUUCACUGAUGUUCACAUUAAACACAUUCAUAUCAAUAAAGUCCAACCUUGUAUUAUAUUAGCUGAACUGAAUAAAAUAAUUCUGGUGAGAGUCAAAAGACAAUGAAGUCUAAAUUAUGUAUGAAUAUAUAUUCAACUUUUAUUAUUGUAAAUAUAGAAACUUGCCAGUAAACCUUUUACAUAAACGUUUCUAAAGUUCUGUCAGAAACAAUUUACGUUUAAAUAUCAUACAAACAGCACAUGGGUAUCUCUCUAUAUAAAGCAUGGAAUCUCUGUCUGUCUGUAUGUAUGUGGGUUUGUCCUUCACGUAUCUCGCGAACUGUUCAUCUGAUCUACUUUGUACCUAGCAGGUGGAUUGUUGUGAAAACGGUAAUGUAAGUAUAAUGUCGAUGUGUGAAGUUGUUUGUAUGCACGGUUCUCAAGAAAUAUGUAAAAAUAUCUCAUAAAUACUGUUGAUAACGUUGAUUUGCUUCUUCCUCUGCCUGUGAAGUCAACAAGUGGAAAUAUGGACUGCUUCACUCUGCUAUUGCAACCCACAUUGUGGUUGGAGGUGGGAUUACAUCCAUAGUGUUAAUGACUUGAAAACGUUUAAGAGACUUAAGCUCUACUAUUGAACUGUGUAAUGUUACUGUGAAUGAAAUUCAGCAUGUACAUGCAAGACUUAGUGCUUCUUAGCCCCAUUCAGAAAUACAUAAAAAAUCCCUCAUACACAACAUUGCUUCUAAAACGUUUAUUCGCUUCUUCUUCUGCCUGUGAAGUUAACGAGUGGAAAAUACGGACAGUGCCACUCUGCCAUUGCAACCCACAUUGUGGUUGGAGGUGGUAUUACAUUUGUAGUGAUAAUGACUUGAAAAAGUUUAAGAGACUUAAGCUCUACUAUUGAACUGUUUGCCAUGAACACAACUUGGCUUGUACAUUCAAGACUUAGUGCUGGAUGUCUAAGUUUCAGAAGUAUAUUAUUAAUACAUAUUGUAACCUACAUUGUGAUAAGAGGUGGGAUUACACCCGCAGUGAUGAGAACUACCAUAGAGAAUGAAUUUAAAAAGUUUAGAGAGUUCCUCACACAUGGGAACUUUGUAUGUAUGUUCAAGACAUAGAGCAGGAUGUCCCAGGACAUUUUGAAUGGGCACUACAGUUCAUCUGAUCAACUUUAGCUCAACUCCAAAAUGUAGUCUCCAGAGAUUCUGCCUGUGAGGUGUUUAGGGAGCAUCGAUAAAUUGUAGAGUCUACUGAUAGCCUGCAUGUGAGGCAUUUAGGGAACAUGGGUAAAUUAUAGCGUCUACUGAUAGCCUGUGUGUGAGGCAUUUAGAGAACUUUGGUAAAUUGUAGGGUCUACUGAUAGCCUGCAUCACAGGCAUUUAGGGAACAUCGGUAAAUUGUAGCAUCUACCAAUAGUCUGCAUGAGAGGCGUUUAGGGGAUGGGCACAACUCUCUCUAGGUAUUGUGAAAUCAGCCUGUUCCGAACAAGCACAUUUUGAAUGGGCAAUGCACUAGUCACUUAAAAUGGGUAACCAAAUCCUUCUUUAACUUAUUUAAGAUUUGUAUUAAUAAUAUCCCAAAUAGCAUGUACUGAUAUUACCAACUAAACUAUUGUUACCUUUCUUGAAGAAGAAUCACAAAGAUUCGUCUAAUAUUUGGACCAAUACAGUAGAUUUCUUCUCCCUGCAAUUCUCAAUCUGGAAUCAAAUAGAUUACAUGAUUCCUCAAACUGUGAAAAAUCACAAAUCUCUAUUGUUGUUGUCAUUGUUGCCUCACCUACCUUGUGUAUGUUUAUGGUUUUUACACUGUUUGUUUUUUUAGUUUGAAUAAAUACAUUUUAAAUUGCUGUAAAUGAA